GUGGCUGAGUGGUAUGACGCUUGGCUUCCGAACCAUAGAUUCCUAGUUUUAAUCCUAGUGAGAAUUGGAUUUUUCAUCUCAUGAUCUUAAGCACUGAUUGGUACAUUGACUUAAGAUGGGGAAAAGUAAAGGCGGUUUGCCGUUGUGCUGACCACACGACACCCUUGUUAACCGUGGACCACAGAAACAGAUGACCUUUACAUCGUCUGCUCUAUAGACCACAAGGUCUGAAGGGGGGAACUUUCUUACUGUGUAUGAUUAAACAUUUAUUUUUGAACUCCUAAUAAUAAUAAUAAUCUUUAUUUUUCAUAAGGACAUUUCUUACAAUUUGUGCAUUACACAUUUCGUUUAGUGUAAAUCACAAAUUGUAAGACACACUUCAUUAGAUAGAUAUAUACCUCAACAUUUAUAGUAAUAGAAAACAAAAGUUCAUAACAUUGAGCAAAAAAAAGCAAAAAAAAAUUAAAAACACAUAAAACUCUUCUGAUUGGUCAGUUAAAUAUAGUUUUCGUUUAGAUGGUUAGAUCUCUCUAUAAAUAUCCAGACUUCUUUCUUUUGCGUGUUACAUUAAAAUGACGAACUUAUUGCUUCGUCUGGUUUUCUUCCAAUCUUUAUUGCCAUUGUUAUCUUCAGAACUUGUCAUUGAUGUCCAACCAGACACCAUUUCAGCGGAGAUAACUGCACAACUUGUGAUCAACUGUUCUAUAACCAACAACCAAGUUCAACAUAUGGAAGUUAUCAGAUCUCUAACUCUUUCUCGUUAUAAUCAAAUCAAUCGAGACUUUGAAGAUAUAACAGCUCUGGAUUUAUUGACGCUCAAUCUAAAACAACUCGUGAAGUUUAAACAUUCACAGAUCAGCUUUGGAAAUGUGUUUAUCUCUCUAACUCUUCUGUACCCCACACAGUUUGAUGCUAAUGUCUACAGAUGUAGUGUCAAGGGAGGUGAUUCUAAUAACAAAGAUACGUCUUUGUUUAGCAAGAAGACGGUAGAAUAUGAAACGAAUUCGACCGCUUUAGUUGAAGAGAUACGACGUUAUAAGAAAGACGAGAACAAAUGUCUAUGUUCUUUAACAAGUAAUGAUAGUACAAGUACUAACAAAAGACUAAGAGUUAAUUUUUCUGGAAAUUCUGAAAUCAUUAAAGAACGAGUCGAGCCUCUGACAUUGAACUGUACCUACCAGGUUCUCAAUCAGGAUCAAAACGAAACAUCCUCACUGCAGUCUUUGUAUAUUCUUCAUGAGCCCAAUGGUGUAAUUGCAAAUAUCAAUAAAGACCAACCCGUUCUCCAAGGAAGUCAUUUUAAAGAGGCUCAGGGUAACAUUUUCCACAGCGGACUCAAAGAUUCAUAUCUUCAUGCCACAUGGAGCAAUGUGAAAUUGUCUGAUUCUGGAAAAUAUUUCUGUGAGGCUAAUGUAAAACAUUCCGAUGGAAGAGCUGAGAGACUCAGUGAGAUGUUGAUCAUCACAGUCGUGAGUCCAACUGUGGAUGAUUUGGUCAAAGUAGUGGAGAAACUAUUAGGUCAAGUUGAUGAGGACACUAAACAUAUCCAGGAAAAUAAACAAAAUAUAAAAAACAUUAAAGAAGAGUUGAAAACUAAAGAACAAAAUAUACUAAGCAACACAGCAGAUUUAAACAGUACACAACAAACUAUAAGAAGCAUGAAAGAAGACAUAGCUAUAAAUCAACAAAAUAUAUCAAGCCUUAAAGAAUACGUGGCUGCCAAUCUCGAAAGUCUACAGAGCAUAAAAAAAGACUUGAACAUCCAACAACGAAAUAUCAUAAGUGUCAAAGAAGACAUCGCAAUAAAUCAACAAAAUAUAUCAAGCAUUAAAACAGACGUGGCCGUAAAUGAAGAAAACUUAAUAAACUUACAAAAGAAUUUUAACAUUCAACAACGAAAUAUCACAAGUAUUAAAGAGGACUUCAACACUUUUUACAAAAACACGAGCAGCUUCCAAGAGAUCAUCCUAGCCAAUCUUUCCGCUACGCUUGAGAAAGUGAAAAAUGAGACAGAAUUGUUACAUCCAACGUCUUGUCGUAAAGUUAUCUAUAAAGAAGAUCGCGCCAUUGUCACUUUGGUUUCCGGGUUAAAGGUCAUGUGUGACACCAAGACAGACGGUGGUGGAUGGAUCAUCUUUCAGAGAAGAAUCAACGGAAAAGUAGAUUUCUAUAGAGGCUGGAAGGAGUAUCGUGACGGCUUUGGAGAUUUCAACAUUGGUGAAUUUUAUCUGGGAAACGAAAAUAUAUUUAAAUUAACUUCCACGGGAAAAUAUGAUUUAAGAAUAGAUUUGGUUUUAAAAAAUCAAGCGUAUUAUGCGCAAUAUUCGAUUUUUCAAAUUUUAAGUGAAAAAAACAAUUACAAGAUAAAUGUGGGAGGCUAUUCUGGAAAUGCCGGUGACAGCCUCUCAAAUCAUAAUGAUAUGUACUUUAGUACGUUUGAUAAUGAUAAUGAUACAUAUUCAGGCGGCAACUGUGCAGUAAAAUACCACGGAGCCUGGUGGUACAAAAGCUGUUACGAGUCAAACUUGAACGGUAAAUGGGGAAGUUCCGAAAGAGGUAAGGAUGUGAACUGGAACACGCUACUUGAAACUGCACGUAUCGGUCUUUCAUUUACAGAGAUGAAAAUAAGAGAAAGAGAAUAGACGUAGUUGUAACCUUAAUUAUCGUAUCACCGAGUUGUACUAUCUCUUUUAUGUCUGCAUCUUUACUCGUUCCUUCUUAUAUCUAUUACUAUAUUCUGCUAAAAACGGCUGCUGACUGGAAAAAAGUGAAGGGAUUUGUUAACGCGAACUGUCAAAGCAUCCUAACAGCGAAAGUCAAGAGACAGACGUCAUAUGAUCUAUUAUACAAAAUUACGCGAACUGUCAAAGCAUCCUAACAGCGAAAGUCAAGAGACAGACGUCAUAUGAUCUAUUAUACAAAAGUACGCGAACUGUCACAGCAUCCUAACAGCGAAAGUCAAGAGACAGACGUCAUAUGAUCUAUUAUACAAAAGUACGCGAACUGUCACAGCAUCCUAACAGCGAAAGUCAAGAGACAGACGUCAUAUGAUCUAUUAUACAAAAGUACGCGAACUGUCACAGCAUCCUAACAGCGAAAGUCAAGAGACAGACGUCAUAUGAUCUAUUAUACAAAAGUACGUGAACUGUCACAGCAUCCUAACAGCGAAAGUCAAGAGACAGAUGUGAUAUGAUCUAUUAUACAAAAGUACGCGAACUGUCACAGCAUCCUAACAGCGAAAGUCAAGAGACAGAUGUGAUAUGAUCUAUUAUACAAAAGUACGCGAACUGUCACAGCAUCCUAACAGCGAAAGUCAAGAGACAGACGUCAUAUGAUCUAUUAUACAAAAGUACGCGAACUGUCACAACAUCCUAACAGCGAAAGUCAAGAGACAGACGUCAUAUGAUCUAUUAUACAAAAGUGAUUUAGAAAUGUUAGCAUGCUCCUUAUUAAAAAUAAGCCUAGUUUGACAAAUCUUGAUUAAACUUAGCAAAAGUGUUCGUCAGAUCAUGAUCUAGUCAGUAGUAUAUGUUUAGUCUCUAUCGUUCCCAUGUGAUUAUAAAUAAA